GUGCACAACCCAGGCCCAGUACUGUUCCCCCAGAACCCAGCCGACGACACGACGGUGACCCCGGACCCCAACCAGACGUCGGGCGUGACGCCGCCUCCACCGCAGUUCAUCCCUCCCAAGUCACACGAGUCGCUCAGGGAUCAGAUCUUCCGCCGACCGGAGACUCUGCCGCAGCCAUCUCCCCAGCCACCCGCCAUCUCACAGCUCACCUCCAACCUGCUCUACACUCCCGCCACCUUCGCCUACGUCCGCAAGUGAGCCGUCCACUAUGCUGUCCAAACUAGGAAAACAAUGGUGCUGAUGAACCAGUGAAGAUCUCAUCAUUUUUUCAUCAGAACUAACAGUGCCAGUCCAUUGAUGCUAUACAACGUUCCAUUGCAAUCUAAUCACGAAAGGUUUAUGAUUUCCUUAUAAUAUUUCCCUCCACAAGGGAAAAUCUCUUCUUCGAAUAUGUUGUGAAGUCUAAUAAUGAGAAAUUAUUCAAUAAAAAAAUGUUACAACUUAUAAUAACAUUACCGUAUAGCAUGUUUGCUGUGAGACAACAAUGGUUCCGUGACCACAACAUGAGAAAGUACCUACUUUGUGAUGAUAGAUACUUCAUUAGCGUUAAUUAUGAGGAUAACUAGUGGAUCAUUCAUUUUCCCUUGUGAAGUCACAGAUAGAAUAUUCAUUGUAAAAAGAAUUUAUGUAAUUAAUAUUACUAGUUGCAAUCGCUAUGAAUUGAGGAGUACUCAAUAAGUUCAACUUCAUGGAAACAUUAAUCAAAUCUUGAUUACAAGUUUCAAUUCUUGUGAGAACUGUUUUAAGUUACCGUACCGGUAUAGGCUACAUAUGCUGAGUUGCUGAGGGACUCAAUCAAGCAUUCUUCAUUGAAUGUUGUCUUGUCAAGAAAAAGCAAACUACUAAAAAAACAACCUACAACUGGUAUUCGAUUAUUUCGAUUUAAAUUCCAAUUUUCAACUUCACAAUUAGGUAGCUUUAAAAAUAAGUCUUUUACAAGAAUUUGCCUAGAAUAUCUUACUUUCAAUUAAAGUUUGGAAUCUUUUCCAUUAUUUCACUAAGUAUGCUCAUUGUUGAGAAAUAUAAUUGUUAAUAUCAAUGUUCACAUUAUACAAUUUGGAUAAAUUGAAAUAGUUAUUAUCAAUGUGAUUGACACUAGUUUAAAGAAUCCCUUAUCUUCACCUCUGGGAGUUGAAAAAUAUUGUUAGUACGGUAUGAAAAACAAUGCCUCGAUUCCUUUAAAAUAGCAAAUGUUAAGUUGAAAGGAGUCAUAAGUUUGGACCCACUACUUUAGUUCCAGAAUAACAGUUUAGCCUACUAUGACAAAAUAAUCUGGAAGUAGAAUAGAAUAACAGUGAUGCUUCUCGAGAGGAAUAAAUAACAGAUAAAAUAUAUAGGACUUUUGAAUUGGUGAUAGCUGGAUAGCUAUUAUCGCAAAGCUAUCAUAUAAGAGCAACAUAUUAUAAGCAUAACUUAUUUCCAUAUUAAGAUGUAGUCUAGGUUAUAUUAUGGAUAAUUUACUCCUAACUGUAUUCAGUUUUUCGACAUAGUUGGUAGCAUUUUGGCUCUCUAUAAACUAUGCUCAUAAUGAUUGAGAAUAAGUGCUUGUAUGGUAAUUGAAUGAAUAUUAUCAAUACAAACAGGAAGUUUUGAAGUGGUUGAGCUUGAUAGGUGCAAUACUAGAUAGAUAAGUUCGAUAAGUAAGUUGAGAUAAGUAAGAAAGUGAUUUAAAGUUCCGUUUGCCUUAAGAAUGAAAUGACUGAAAUGACACAGUUGCCCGCUACUCAUUAAUCAUUGUUUCAUUUUUAUUUUCUAGUUAGACUUAGUUCAGCUUUUGUAUGAUAUUUUAUGUCUUUAUAAAUUGUAUAAUAUUUUGUGAAUAGAAUAUUAUUUUUACCAA